AAAAAGUGAUGACGUUAAACACAUAAGCAUCAGUUGAUUAAUAAGUUUCAUCAAAAAACAUUUAAUUUCUUCUCUUGUACAAAAACUAUGAAAAUGAUCGCCACUCUCUUCUUUGUCUUUGCUGUUGCUUCUUCAGCUCUUGGUCAAUGUCCAAUUUCUCCCACUACACCUGGUUCUGAUAUUGGCAAAAUUGCCGGUCGAUGGUACGCAAUUGCUGCACCAACUAUUGAUCGUUUCCAAGAAACUGUAACAUGUGUUACCGAAGAUUUCAUUUUUCGAGAGGAUGGAAACUUCGAUUAUACAGUUCUCGGAACUUCACUUGAUGGCUCAAAGACUAGGCUACAUUGGUUAGCUGAACGUACUGAAAGUCAAAACGCAUUCAAUCUCACCGAUCGGUCCAAGUCUUACCAAGUAACCUACAAUAUAGUCGAUACUGAUUACGAUAACUAUCUAGCUAUUUACAGUUGUUUUUACCUUCCUGGUUACACAACCAUUCAAACCGGUAUGAUUUUAUCUAGGACUAACACCAUGAAUGCUGACAAGUAUGCCGAACUGACCGAUUUGUUGGUUAAUGAAAUUGGCGUUGCAAGCAAUACUUUUGGACCCAUAGUCCAAAAAGACUGUAAAUACUGGCCAGUCUCCAGUCAUGAUUUUCAAACUUGAACAAAAUUGAGUUCUCACUGUAAUGUCUGUAAUAAAUUUGAACAAAAAAAUUACAUAAUUAAAUACACAGAUAUUGCAUAGUCAAAGUA